AUGGCGAUCCAAGCAGCCGCUAUAGCGGUGGUACUGCUCGUGGUAUUGCCUCUGUACAUCAUCUACAAGCCUCCUGUCUUCUUCAUCAAUCAACUUCAACGACACUCUCCCUCGGUUCUGUUCCAUGUCCCAACGACCCGUAAAGUGGUGGCGCUCACUAUCGACGACUCUCCUUCGGACUAUACGAAUUCCAUCCUGGCCAUACUGAAAGCGAACAAUGCCACAGCCACCUUCUUCGUUAUUGGCGGCCAAGUAUCAGGACGAGAGUUGAUUUUGAAAGACAUCCUCCUCGCCGGAAGCGAGCUCGGAAACCACGGAAUGCACGAUGAGCCUAGUCUCAACGUUCCAACCCCAAGGCUACGGGAAGAGAUCGAUGAAGUCGACAGCAUGAUCAACCAUGCAUACGAAACAUCUGGCCAGAACCGAACUAUGCAUUUAUUUCGACCUGGGUCCGGCAUCUUCAGCGACCGAGUGCUUGACGUGGCGAAGGAUGCCGGCUACCGGACGAUUUUGGGCAGCAUUUUCCCACACGAUCCAUUCAUACCGUACUGGAGAGUCAAUGCAUGGCACAUUCUCAGCAGUCUGCGGCCAGGGGCGGUGAUCAUUUGCCAUGACAGGCGGUCAUGGACUGUCCCCAUGUUGAAGAAAGUUUUGCCGGAGAUGAAGAAGAGAGGGUAUGAUGUGGUGUCUGUGUCUGGCUUGCUUUUGGAUCCGCAGAAUGAGACUUGA